GGCAGCCGUCAACUUGGCCAUGGGCUGAUGGGUCUGAGGAAGCCUCAGCAGGGUGGCUUGUCCCUGCUUGCCAUGGCUUCUCCUCUUGCAGCAGGCUGGCCCCAGCUCACUCUUGCGGUGGUGGCAGGGAUGCUAGAGAGAGAGGACAUGCAGGCUCUUGAAGCCCUGCCUCAGAGCUGUGGUGCCAUCACUGUGUCCCCUCUGCACAGGCCAGCCCCUCAACAGGGGAGGAGCUGCAGAGCCACUGCAGAGCAUGCGACACAGCGAGGGGAGAACUGGCCCUUUCUGCAGACAAUCUGUCAUAUCUGUGGUCAGCAACUUGUAGAGAAAAGGAGAAAAGUCACUGGGACAGGGAGGAGAUGCUGGAGCACUUGAGGCAGACUGAAGCUGUGCAGGAACUCCGCCAGGAAGUGACGCUUCGUGACUGGCGUGAUGUGGCACCUGGUCAUGUUGCCAUCAACAAUGACGGUCAGCUGGAUCUGAGGAGAGAAGAGUCACUUUCUCCAGUGAACUCACAAAAAAUCACCCUGCUGCUGCAGUCCCCGGCGGUCAAGUUCAUCACCAACCCCGAGUUCUUCACUGUGCUGCAUGCCAAUUAU